AUUUAAUUUAUUUAUAAACCGUAAAAAUUUUAUUGGGGUUUAAGCGCUCGGAUUCUCUUUCUCUGUGUAGCGCCUGAGAUGGAGACGCAUAGGCAUAACCCAAAUAGUAGCAGUACCACCACGAUUAACGAGAAGCAGUGGAGAGCAGAAGAAGCCAUAGCAGGCAACGCUGAAGCUGUACGAGCUCUUCGACAACUCAUUAACUUCCCCCUUCUCUUCUCACGUGAAGCACAAAAGCUCGGUCUCAAAUGGUGGCCUCGUGGUUUGCUUCUCUAUGGUCCUCCGGGCACGGGAAAGACAAGUAUGGUGCGUGCAGUGGUUGAAGAAUGUGGUGCUCAUUUAACUGUUAUUAGUCCGCAUUCUGUUCAUAAAGCUCAUGCAGGAGAAAGUGAAAAAUUUUUGCGGGAGGCUUUCUCGAAGGCCUUAUCCCAUGCAAAGUCUGGCAAGCCAUCAGUCAUAUUUAUAGAUGAAAUAGAUGCACUAUGUUCUCGCCGUGAUUCUGGAGGACAGCAAAAUGUCCGUGUUGCCGCUCAACUCUUGACACUGAUGGACUCCAUAAAUAAUUCAACAUAUGCACCACAAGUUGUUGUUGUUGCAUCAACUAACAAAGUGGAUGCAAUUGAUCCUGCAUUAAGAAGGUCAGGGCGAUUUGAUGCUGACAUUGAAGUUACUACACCUAAUGAAGAGGAGCGCUUUCAAAUUCUCAAGCUCUACACUAAAAAUGUUCCUAUGGAUUCCAAUAUUGACUUACAAGCCAUAGCCGCAACUUGCAAUGGAUAUGUUGGGGCUGAUCUGGAAGCUUUAUGUCGUGAAGCUACCAUGUCUGCUAUUGAAAGGUCUUCUGAUGCAAAUACAGAUGCAGAUGUAAUUAGUGUAAAACUGGAAGACUGGGACCAUGCAAGAUCUGUUGUUGGCCCAAGUAUAACAAGAGGUGUAGCAGUGGAUAUCCCAAAGGUGACUUGGGAAGAUAUUGGGGGACUAAAAGAUCUUAAGAGAAAGCUCCAACAAGCUGUUGAGUGGCCUAUUAAAUAUUCUACAGCAUUUGAGAGGCUGGGAAUAUCACCCACUCGUGGAAUUCUUCUGCAUGGUCCUCCAGGAUGCUCAAAAACCACUCUUGCUAAAGCUGCAGCCCAUGCUGCCCAAGCUUGUUUUUUUUCCUUGAGCUGUGCAGACUUAUAUUCAAUGUAUGUUGGAGAAGGUGAAGCUUUAUUGCGCAAUACUUUUCAUAGAGCUCGCCUUGCAGCUCCUAGUAUAGUAUUCUUUGAUGAGGUUGAUGUUGUUGCUACCAAACGAGGUAGGAACUCAAGCAGCAAUGUUACUGUAGAAGAAAGGCUUCUAACUACUCUUUUAACUGAAAUGGAUGGCCUGGAAGAGGCUAAGGGAAUCCUUGUAUUGGCUGCUACCAAUCGUCCUAAUGUAAUCGAUGCUGCCUUGAUGCGUCCUGGUCGCUUUGAUAAGGUGCUUUAUGUACCACCACCGGAUUUAGAAGCUCGAUAUGAGAUACUUUGUGUACAUACUCGUAAAAUGCAAAUAGGGGAUGAUGUUGAUCUUGGAAGAAUAGCAGAAGACACCGAGCUCUUUACUGGGGCUGAAUUAGAGGGCCUGUGUAUGGAAGCUGGAAUUGUAGCUCUCCGGGAAAACAUUUCGGCCACUGUUGUGUGUGAUCGUCAUUUCCAAACUGUGAAAAAUUCUUUGAAGCCAUCAUUGACUGAAGCAGAAAUUGAUUCUUAUUCAUCAUUUAGGAAGUGCCCAUCAUCUGUGCCUCUUGAAACAGUUUGAAUCAAGCUCAAGGACCAACCACAAAAGGAACUUCGUGGAUACAACAUUUUCAUUGGAAAAUUAUGUUACAAGUUUAUUGUAAAUUGUUGCUGCAAAACGAUUUCUUACAUAUGCAGAUCUAACCCGACAAACACUAGCAACCACUUGUAGCAUUUGAAAAGUAUAUGGUUAUUGGGUAGUAAAAGGUAUAUGAGAAAUUUAUUUUGAAAUAUAAAAA